AUGUUUCAAAGUCAUGUCGAAGGGCAUGGCGCCUCAUGGGGUCAUGACUGGCGCUCGUCGGACGCCUUUAUCGUCAGUACGAUGGGGCUGGCAUUAUUCACUGAUGAACUGCUUUUUGCAUUCAUGCUACCUUUGUUACCUACUAUGCUAGAGAAUCGAAUUGGCUUAGACCCAUCUCUGACCCAGAGGUAUACAUCUAUCUUCCUAGCUGAAGGCGCGCUUGUGUCUAUUCUAUCAAGCCCAUUUAUCGGGUCAAUGACCGAGGGGAUCUCUAGCAAGAAGACGCUUUUAUUGGCCCUCCUCAUGCUGGCCUUGAUCAGUACUGCCUUCUUAUCGCUCACACGCCAGUUGGUAUGGCUAUUUGUUGGUCGAUUUUUCCAAUGUCUUACUAGCAAUGCCUUGUGGAUUGUGGGGAUGGCAACCAUGGCUGAGAAUCUUGGAACAGAGAACAUGGGCAAGAUCGCCGGCCUUUCAUCCACACUCACAGCUGCGGGCACCGCUGCUGGGCCGGUUCUCGCAGGAUUGCUGUUUGAAAUGGGAGGCUACUGGUGCGCGUGGGCAGGUGCACUGGCUUUUCUCAUGGCGGAUAUCGUCAUGCGUCUUAUUAUGGUAGAAAAGCCUGUAGACCCUCAGCAAGUGACAGAGAAUCUGGAGCAAGGCCCUCUUUUACAAGAUGGGCCUCCAGUUGAGCAGGCCAAUCGUUCACUCUCUUCAUGGCGCUUUCAUGUUUGUGUUUUCCGCGAACCCCUUUUCUCUGCGGGGGUUUUCUGUGCUUACGCUUAUGCUGUGAUGAUUGGCUCUUUCGAAAGUACUCUAGUUGUACACGUGAGAAUGGCAUUUGGAUGGGGAGCUCUUCGUGCCGGAUUCUUGUUGGCAUUGAUCCAGGGGCCUGGCAUUGCAUUGGCAGCGCCAGUAGGUUGGAUGAAAGACCGGAUAGGGUCUCGGACUCCAACUACGGUAGGAUUUUUUAGUUUAAUACCUUUCAUCGUGCUCUUGGGGGUCCUCAGCGAUGAUUUAUUUCCAUGGGUGAAAGAAGCCUGGGGAAAGAGCCUAUACGUGGUCUGUACCGCAAUGACCGGAUGUUUAUUAUCUCUUCUCAGUGGGGUGGGCACGAUGCAGGCAACUGAAACAAUUGACGCCCUCGAAGUGCGCGAGCCUGGUAAAUUUGGUCCUAACGGGGGCUUUACUCGCGCUCUAGCCGUGAUUAAUAUGACUUGGAUGGCAGGUCUUAUAACAGGUCCCCUUCUAGCGGAGUUCGUGGUGGGAAGUUUUGGAUAUUUCGUACUACAAUGUUGUCUUGGUGUCAUCUCACUUGUAGCAGGACUUAUGGCUCUGCUUUUCCUGGGCUCUCUUAGACCGAAGUCUGUACCUAGGUAG